UUACAUAUUGUAUAUUAUAUAUUUAUAUAUUUAAAUGUAUAUUUACUUAUAUUUCAUAUAUUAUAUAUUUAUAUAUUUAAAUGGUAAUAAUGUGAUUUAAUGUAAUAAGAUAAUAAUAGUAAUGAUGUCAAGUGGUUUCUUUCGAAUAAUAAUUUUAUGUUGAUGUUGAUGUUCUGUGGAGCCUCAAAAAAUCUUUUUUAUUAGUAUAUAUAUUUUGGAUUUAUCUUUUUUUUCAACUAAUUGUAUUUUAGUUUUCGGUUUUAUGUGAAACUAUAAAAUAAGAUAGCAUACAUUAAGGUUGGGAAAUCGGGGUCCUAAUCGGAUUCCAGCUUGAGUUUAUUUGGGUUUCGAGUUUUCAGGUUCAUGAACUUCAAACUCCAUUCGGAUAUUAUAAAAUUUCAAGACAGAUAUUGUUCGGGUUUAGUCGAGUUCGGGUUUAAUUACAUAUCCAAGAUCCACUUGAACCCAUAAUAGUUUUGGUUUUGGAUACUAAUCGGGUUAUCAGUUCUAAAAAUUUAAUUUGUACUUGAUUAAACUCAAUAAAUUUCUAAUCUUUUUAAUAAAUUUAUGUACGUGGUUUCCUCAAACCAUAUGGUUGUCUUCAAAAUUAUUUUGGGAAACUCGUUCUUGAUUUAUACGUGAUAACAUCAGAAGUAUCAUGAUUCAUGACAAACCAAAUCCUUAAACGAACGAGAAUCAUACAUAAUGAAAUGUAAGCAAAUUAAAUGUAGCAACUAUCAACUCUAUAAUCGUAUGAAACAUCUAAAAUAAUUAUGUCAUCAAAAAGAAAGUUGACAUACAUUAAAAAAUACUCGAAUUUAUUAAUCCGUAAAUUUGUUUUAAACUUUUUUAAACAACAUUGGUUAAAUUUUAGAGAAAACUUAUUUGUAAAUGAACUUCAAAUGCAAUUAUAAAAGCAUAAAAAACAUAAAUAUUAACCAAAUUUCAAAAUAUAUACUAGAAUUAGUAUUUGAGUUAAUUAUUCAUGCAAUAUAUAAUUAGUUAAAGUACUCAAUAAUAUAUUACUGUAAUUUGGAUACAUAAUAGGAACUGAGUUCUAGUUUGAUACAAGUUCUUUUUAGGACUAUAAAUUUAUAAGUUUUUCGGAUAUCCAUUUAGAUUCGGUUCGGAUAAAACCCAUAAUCCAAAAUACCGUAGAAAAAGAUCCAUUCGGUAUUUAUAUUGGGUUUGGUUUCAUUUUUAUUGGGUCAGAUUAGGUUUAGAUUUUUGGGUUUGGUUUAUCGCUCAACCUUAGCAUACAUCAGACUAUAAAAUUUGAUAUUUUUUAGUCAUAUUUUUUAAUUCUGUCUUUUAAAGGGCUCACUAAAUAGUAGCAAAUCAGAUUAGAUGUUAAAUGGGAUUACCCAACAAAACUUUAAUUUUUUCUUUCCGGUAACUUACACCACAUUGCCAUUGCCAUUUCCAUUUCCAUUUCCAUUUCCAUCUCCUAAAGAAAAUACAGAAUCCUGAUGACCAGAAAAUAUUGAUUCACCAUGGAGAUUGAUUAACAUGGAUUUGAUACAAAGAAGCUCAAAAACAAAUUAUGUGCAGACCAGGAAGCUCAUCAGACCAAUCCUCCAUAUAAAGCCUUUAUAUAUAAUGUCCUCCUCAGGUUGCAACAAGUGUAGAGUCUGUUGGGCUACAAGCUAACGUAUAAAGCUCACAUAUACUAUCCUAAAGAAGCCGAACAUUUUCUUCUUUUUGUUUUGAACAACUGAAGCCGAACAUUUUCUUAGACAUACAAUUUGAGAGCUUUUUACAUUCCCUCGAUUACAUACACAAGUACAUAACAGAGUAAUACCAGUGUGACAUGUGAGUGUAUGUGUCUACAGAAUCAUCUUUUUCAUCUACCAAAAUAACAUGGAACACAUUAUAGCAUCCCUCACACGAAUAAUAUAAAAAGAGUUACAAAUUCUCAGUGAACUAUGAUGAACAAACUGGAAAUCCUUUAGCGAUCGUUAGGGUUAAACCAAUACGACGCCGUAUCCCACUAUCACUAUCAGCCGUCAAUUUUAAAACUCCUAAAUCAAUGUCGACCGUUAGAUGGUCUCACCGAUCGUUCCCCAAGUCGCCAUCAACACCAUCACCGAAGAAAGAUCUGUUGACCGACGACAAUGGCUUCUCUCCAGUCAACCCCAACUUCUCUCCGCCCCAAGCUCCAUCUCUCAUCUCACGCAACCACACAGCCUACCCUCCCCCUCACCCUCCGAUUCCCUCGUCGCCGCAACGGCCGCGGCGGCGUAAAAAUGUCAUCGCCGGUUUCCGAAAUCUACGCGACGGCGUUAGCUGACGUGGCGAAAGCGAACAACACCCUAGAACCAACCUGCAGCGACUUGGAGAAGCUGGAGAAGACCUUCUCAGACCCUAACGUUCUAGGCCUGUUCGUGAACCCAACGGUGGAGCUUCGGAAGAAGCGAGAGGUGAUCGACUUGAUCGCCGAGUCGUUAUCCCUGCUUCCACACACGGCCAGCUUCUUGAACGUGUUGAUCGAUUCGAACCGGAUUGAUCUAGUGAAGGAGAUCGCCAAGGAGUUCGAAGCUGUGUACAACAAGAUGACGAAGACGGAGCUCGUGGUUGUCAAGUCCGUGGUGAAGCUCGAUUCUCAGCAUCUAGCUCAGGUGGCGAAGCAUGUGCAGAGGCUCACCGGAGCUAGGAAUGUGAGAGUUAGAACGGUGAUUGACGAGAGUUUGAUCGCUGGGUUCACGAUUAGGUACGGUGGUUCAGGUUCUAAGCUUAUUGAUAUGAGUGUGAAGAAGCGGCUUGAGGAUAUCACCGCUCAGGUACAAAUUGAAGGUUGAAGUUUUUUUUGGUUUACUAGUAAACAAUGGUUUAAAGCUUUGUUAUGCAGUGAAGUUCGAAACAAAAACAACAAACCGUUCCUUAACA